AUGAUGCAAAGAUCAUUUCGCAACCUUUUACGUGGUUGUCCUAGUCUUGAGGAUUUAGUCGUGAUCGGUACCAAUGAUGCUCUCACUAUUGUAGUGCCAUCGUUACAGAGGCUAACCAUAAAAUCUUAUUGGCCUAACCUAAGAAAAGGAGGCUAUUUGAUAAAUGCCCUUUCUUUGAUGUACUUGAGCAUUAAAGUGGUUCAUGGUUGCGAGUUUGGUGUUAUUGAGGAUGCGCCAAAGCUGGUGGAUGCAAAACUUAUUGACAUUUAUGAUAUAACCAAUGAGAAGAGUCUAGUAUUCUGA